AUGUCUACGACCCAUUCACUGUCUAGUACACACUCUUGUACUUCUAUCGAACCCAAGACGCACGUCGAGGAUGAUCCCAGACAAUCCGUGAUCUCGUCCUCGCAGCCGACAAUUGAUCAUCGUGCGAACGCCAACAUCUCCGGCGACUAUAACCAUGUGACGAAUUACUAUGGUAGUUACCCUGCACUAGAAAACUCACCCAUCGAAUCUGUUCGUGCAACCGUUUCGAUGAAUGACGACAAAUCAUUACCAUGUAUGACGUUUCGAUACUGGGUGUUGAGCACGCUAACCACGGUGUUCGGAGCGGCACUUUCGCAAUACUAUUAUUUCACCACCAUGCCUAUGACUGUUAGUGUUUUCAUCGCUCAACUCGUGAGUUAUCCUUUGGGGGUUGCUAUGGCGAGGUAUUUACCACAAAAAGAGAUCAAACUAUUUGGAAUGAAGUUUACGCUAAAUCCUGGACCGUUCAACGUAAAAGAACAUGCUGUGAUCGGAGUAACCGCUUCUGCUGCGAGUUAUUAUCCGUAUGCAAUUCACGCCAUCUCUGCCCAGCGUCUAUUCUUUUCACACGACUUUGGCCAUGUGGCAAAUCUGCUAUUCUUACUUUCGUCACAAUGCCUAGGCUUUGGAUUGGCAGGUAUAUUCUACAAGUUAUUGGUCGAGACUCCCCAAAUGGUCUGGCCAUCAACCCUCGUCAAUGUUGCCUUUCUCAAUACACUGCAUGAACGCAAAUACAACUUUGUUCGUAGAUUAUCCAGAAUGCAGCUCUUUUGGGCUGUUUUUGCUGCUGUAUUUGUCUGGGAAUUGUUCCCCAGCUUUAUCGCUCCCAUUUUGGUUAGCGUGACAAUAUUAUGUUAUUUCAACAACACGGAUCCAAAGUUUGUGACUUUGGGAAGUGGAUUUCAAGGGUUGGGGAUUUUGGAUGUUACCUUUGAUUGGAACUGGUUAAUCAAAUUUUCGUUAAUGGCUACUCCUUGGUGGGCUCAGGCCAAUUUUUUCGGCGGUUCCCUGAUCUUUCUCUGGAUCGUAAUGCCAAUAGUAUAUUACUCCAAUCUCUGGAACACGCAAAACUAUAACAUAAUCUCCACAAUCGAAUACGACUCGACGGGUGCCGUAUACAACCUCUCCCGAAUCAUCAACAAAGCCACGGACAAGGUCAAUUCCAGUCUUCUCAACAGCUACUCGGAAGUAUACAUAAGCUCGUUCUUUGCACUCACAUUUGCAUGUGGAUUUAUUGCAAUCACCUCGUGUUUCACUCACAUGUUUUUGUGGCAUGGUACCGAUAUCUGGCGAAAGAUGAAGAAAAUAGCAAGCAGAUUUACUGAAUCGAAUAUAACGGAAAAGAAAAAGGACAAUGAAGAUGUUUUGGAUACGUCAACGGUUAGGAGCGCCGCGGAAUCGGACACCUGGGCAAGGAAUCAAGAAACGCUGGAACAAGAUGCUUGUGUGCACGUGUUGUUAAUGAAGGCCUAUCCAAAAGUGCCAGUCUUGUGGUAUGCUGCAAUCUUUGCGGUUUCGUUGACUAUGGCCAUGAUGUUUGCCAUCCUUUGGUCUACCGGACUACCGUUCUGGGGCGUAAUCGUGGCCGUUUUACUAUCUCUUGUUACCAUACUACCAGUCGGUAUAAUUCAGGCCACAGCAAAUCAGCAGAUUGGGAUAAACAUCUUGUCCGAAGUGCUCGGGGGAUACAUGUUUUCCGGUCAGCCUGUCGCCACGUAUUUAUUCAAAGUAUACUCUUACUGGGCAUUGCAGCAGUGUCUGAUGCUACUCACAUCGUUUAAACUCGGCCAGUACAUGAAAAUCCCACCACGCGUCAUUCUUCUCGCCCAACUGUACGGUACCGUUCUUUCUUCGCUCGUAAUGUACUUGGUCAUGACGUUCGUGAUAGACACGCACGCAAACGAGUUACGUGCCAACACUCAUCCUUGGGCAUCGUUAUAUCCUGGAUACUUUUAUACCGCGUCAGUGAUUUGGGGUGCUGUUGGGCCAUCGAGGAUAUUCGGUACAACUUCGCCGUACCGUUCGUUAAUAUGGUGUUGGUUUGUCGGAUUUCUGUUACCGGUGCCGUUCUAUCUGUUGAAUCGCAAAUUUCCCAAUUCAAGCUUUCCUUGGAGAUCGGUCAACAUACCUUUGAUAUUCCUCGGUGCAUCAUUGACUUCGCAAUUGGCAAAGAACUAUCUAGUGUCUGCAUUGAUUGUCGGGUUUACAACGCAAUUUCUGAUAUAUAGAUACAGGCAUCAUUUGUGGAGGAAGUACAAUUACGUAUUAAAUGCGGCAUUGGAUUCUGGAACGCAGGCGUGUGUGUUGCUUGUGUUCUUGCUUACAAACGGAUUCUUUACGUCGAUUCAAUUCCCCGUUUGGGCUGGUAACAACCCUACUAAUCAUGAACAAUGUGCGGUCGCUCCUGCCGGUUCAUGA